CCGGUUUCCGCAUCCAUUGCAGGAAGAGGGUCUCUCUACCAUGGUCAGCAACUCGAACACCAAGGGCGUCAACUUCGCCUCGUUCGUUCCCCACCACAACGUGCCAGAGUCGGACGUGGAAGAAGCUACGGAGACAGCCGCGAAACCUCCCACUCACGGGGUGCCCGAAGACGGAUCGGAGAAAAUGCCACACUCUGUCGAACUCGUCAAUGCACCGACGGAUCGCAUGAAGAGACUCGCUAGUGCUCCCACCGUCUGUACCUUGCGGGACCAUUUUACGCUCCCCAUCGCCUCCAGUACUGUCCGCUAUCGCCAAACGCAAGGCGCCGCGAGAGUAAUCCAGGGCGGGGAUGCACAGUACGUGCUGGAAGAAACCGUCAACAGGAAUACCGAACAGCGGGAGAUAUCAAUUCGUCGUAUUCACGAUACUUCGGAAGGGGUGCGAUUUUUGCGGGCUACCUAUGCUACUGUUACGGCCUUUUGGACGGGCUUUCUCUUUGUCUUUUGUCUGCAAGUCCUAUUGUUCCUUGUGCUGGAUCUGGCAAUUGAGGUGGGAGCGACAUCCAAACAGGAAGCCAAUUGGGGAGCCGCAAUGGGAGUUAUUUUCAGUAUCAUUCCUUUUGUCUAUGGUUUGUCUUCGGCGUUGGUGAUUGCUGGGGCCUACAUCCAAGACACAUUUCGGGGACACCCCUUGAUUCGCAACUUUACUUUUCGCAAACUCAGUCCGGUGGCAGUGGAAUGGAUUUUCUUUACCUUCUUUUUAGGUGCUCCAAUUUUCAUUCUGUGCUGCAGCCUUCUCAGUGGCUCGGACAGCUGGUGGGAGAUUACCUCAUUGUUCUGGUUUGCCUCUGUCUUGGCGUUUUACGUCAUUUUCGCAGGCAACGUCAUUUGGUACGAACUACGAGCCUGUUGGGAAGUGACCAGGAAUUUGCGUGACGACGACAACGAUGACUUUUGGCACGUUGUGUAUCGUAGUAUCCGUUCGCGACAACGAGCUGUCUACAGCGGUCGCAAAAGUGUCACGUACUUGAGCAUGGGAUCAAUUCGAGACGCGGAGUUUACCGAUUCCUUGUCAACCCGUAAGUUGCAAGUGGAUGGAACCAUGGUGGAAAAAAUUGGCCUUCGAAGCAAGGCUACGGAAUGGAAAAUCUGGUCUGACUUGGGCUUCUACAAGGAACUCGACCAACCGGAACGCUUUUUUACCAUAGACGAUGCGCGUGAUGUGCGUCCAUACUUAACGUCGUAUACAUGGAAUCUCGAAAAGGUGUUUUGCCGCCCCAGAGACUCUCGUUACAUUGCCAUUGUCAAGGGUCCUGGAGCCGUAACCCGCGCACAGAUGAAGGCGUCUUUUAUUUGCUCUCUCUUGGGAACAUUUCUCAUGUUCUUCGUGCUAUUUUCGGCCUUGAUUUAUUUGGAACUGGGCGGCGCUUUUACAACCUUGAUUUUAGCCGCUGGUGUGCUUGUCUGUUACCCGAGUUUCGUUUCGACGUUCCGACUCUACCGUGCGACUCAGCGGCUCGUCUUUGCGCGAUCACAAGCCAAGGACUCUGACGAAUCGGACGAUGAAGAGAAAGAAGAGGAUGGCAUGGCGGCGAGCAAGGGUAUUUUUCUCGUCCAUGAACAGUAUCGCAUCAAUGUUGCCACGGACCGUCUCUGCUUUCUCAUGUUUGCCAUCGAAGUUAUGCUGAUGCUCGUUUGGCCACUGGCGUCACUUUAUAGUGUAGGCAACUGGACUUUGGCAUCUCUGUUUGUAAUUGUUGCCGGUAUUUCGGGAGUCCGGUACUAUAUCAGCGCGGCUGUUGUGUUGGAAGAAACGGGUCACCUCGAUUUGGUAGACGGGAAUACCGACGAAGAACGCUGGCAAAAUCAAUCACGACUGAACGAAAUUGUUGGAAACAUUACAGUAGGACGUUCGCGGGGUGCGUGGAUGUCUGUAUUGGGAACCUUUGGUUUUGUUGUCUUGGCGCUUUUUGUUGGUGCCGUCGGUACAAACCAAGAAACCACGGCCGCCGUUGCUGGCGUCGGCAAUACAUACUUGCCCAGCAACGAAUUUGUCUAUCAGCAAAAGGACUCUUUGCGGUACCCGACUUGUGCUUUGACAAGCGCUGCUGUUGAUCAAACUCCGUUGAACACCAUGGCGGACUACACAUUCUUGGCAGGUCUCGCUUACAGCGGUGACCAGGUUGCUUCCGAAGCUAUCGCGCAGUGGUUCAGUGAGGGGGCGAUCUUGCAAGACACUGUCGUCGCAGAAUACCGAAAUAGGACUGGUGUUUCGUCGGCCGUGUCCUUCAAGCUAUUCACCUUCCCUAGCUCAGCUGACUUUGCUAUUGUUUCCAUUCGAGGGACGCAAAACAACUGGGAUAUGCUCACGGAUGCACAAUUAUGGAGCUCAGCAGCUUUGAUGCAAUUUCUUCGAGAAUUACUCCCUUUCGGAGAGAUAUGGACACCAAUUAUGGACAGUCUCAUCAAUAUUAUUACAAGUAUUGAGAGCGAAAGUAUCGAAAGAGUAUCGUUCUACAAGGAUACGACACGGUUCGUCCAAUUUUUACAGAACCAAUCGGACGUUUAUAGUGGUGUAGCCGUAACUGGUCACUCCCUUGGCGGCGGUCUGUCAAUCAUCACGGGUGCCAUUGCUGGUGUACCGGCAGUAGCCCUGUCAGGCCCAAACGCCAUGCUUUCUCGCAAAUCAUUUGAUCCUCAAGUCUCUGCUGAACAGUUAAACAGCAAAACGUUCAACAUAAUUCCGGAACGUGAUGUUGUACCGAUGAUUGACGAUCCUGCCCAAAACUACCAGUCGAUUCGCUGUGAAGCAGAUUUUGCAGACUUUAUCGGGUGCCACGAUUCCACCCGAUCCCUCUGCGAAAUUCUCUACACUUGUGGCAAUGACAAUCGACCAAUUCCUUGUGAAUGCCAUACCUUGUACAACUACCCGCAGCCGAUCCAAACGGCUGCAAGCAACCGCACCUUUGCCGAAGCCUGCGGCCUUGCAGAGGCGUAGAAACAUUGCCAAUGUUCGCAAAGACAACGCGAGGCCGAGCUGCAUCGAAUGCAUGAAUGAAUGUAGUGCACGUAUGUCAGUUAUACGAUAGUUUUAAGUGUUACGUGUGAACC